GCUGGCUGGCUGGCUGGCUGCUGGAAGUCUAGGUAGCCUUCCCUGCCAGUGCCCAUUCCCUGAGCCGCCUCACGCCCUCAUGAACAUGCACCCGUCCCUCAUACCCCAGCUCCUUCCGUGACACGCUGUCAUCCACCUGCACGCAACGUACACAGAGCGCACACGACUGACUGACUGACUGACAUGUGUGUGUAGGUGUGCUCUCAUAUGUGUUUGUUUGUGGAUGCAAUGCACACCGUGAAUGGCCCCUCGAGCACGUGCCGUAUGACCUCCAUCUGUGUGCCCCUCCUCAGCAAGCGCAGUGCGCUGCGCCAUCGAGGAAGGUUGGGGGCCUUCCCGUCCUUGUAGAGGGAUGAGGGCAGCGCAUCGAGGUCCCAACCAAUGGCAGACAUCACUGCAGUGAAGAACUCCCGCCACCUGCAUCGAUGCAUCCACGACGGGAGAAAUGCUCCGCGCGCAGGUUGGUGGGAGGGUGGUCGGGCUUUUGCUCACUCACUCGACUGGAUUGCCAUCGGUCACGUGAUAGGCUUGGCCUGACCUGCAGGGCAGACACACGGCCACACCGGGACGCACGCGGGUCGGCACAUGAGAGACUGGUUGGCUGACCGUCCAUUGACGCAAGCUUUGAGCAGGCCCUCGACCACGUUGCUCACAUAGCAGGUGGACUUUAAAUAUCGACCCUGCCCUGCCCACGUGUGCCGUCCAGAGGAUACCUGCACGCACACGACAGGCGCGUGCAGGUGAGUGAUCUACACACGGAGGUUGGCAGCUGUACGUGUGGAUCCCUGACCCCGUUCCCCUAACCGUCAUAUUCCAAACUCGCAGCAGGGAGGUGUCAUUCGGGCCCCACACGAUCGGUGGCCGAAGCACUAUGCGCGUCAUGUUUGAAUCAGAUGCACCAAGCACCAUCCUCUCAGCCAUCUGUGAAGACGCACAUACACACACACACACACACAUACACACACACACACACACACAUGCGCACAUUCAAAAGACUUCCCGCACGCCUUGCCUGCUUGGACUUCGCGUAGAAGUUGAGCGGCCUUCUCGGAUAAGGGCUUCCCUCGCUGAUAUUGCGGUACCUCUUGGCCAGCCAGCGGCUCCUCGCAUCGAGGAAGACCAGCGUCGAUGACGCAUAAAUGAAUCGUUGCACCCCCGCUUUCUCGGCAGCCUCGAGCAGGUGGCGCGUCAGAUUCACAGCGGGAGACUCAAAUGCUGACCAACCCUGCACACCAACACAGCACAUGCAUGCAUGUGCUGUGUGGGGUUGUGCGUGAGUGCUGCACGCACCUGUUCGUCCGUCAGGGCCACAUUGGCCGCCAAGUGGAUGACAACGUCAACACCGUCAAGCGGCUCAUCCAUAGCACACGCCUCAGCCCCGAACCUCCUCACCUUCUCCGCUGCCUCCUCGCUCCUCACAUACGCCCGUACCUCCCCCACACGCAGCCCCGCCCCCUCCUCCCUCCUGCCCUCUUUGAUCGCCUGCAGGGCCUCGAGCAGAUGCUGACCGACGAACCCAGAGCCGCCAACCACACCGAUGCAAAGGCCCCUCCCUUGCUGCUGCUGCUGCUGCUGCUGCGAUAGUUGCUGCGGCGGCUGCUGCUGGCUUGGAGCCCUGCUGCGUAAUCGAGUGCAUUUCUGGUGCUGCAGCGGUUGAGAUGGGGGUAGGUGGACGCCCAGAGAUGGCAGCACGAACAGGAACGUGCCCAGAGGACCCAUCUAAGUGAGGACGUUGCAGUGGAAAGCUGCUUGUUGGAGCGGAACCCGGUGAGUGCGAAGCUGAUUUUCUCUCAGAUCCCCGUCUGAUUCAUGUCCACUAG